GCCCGCCGCUUACUGGAGGCCGCGGCUGUAACGUCUGAGGCGCCGGAUUUGAAAGAGAAAAGAGCGGCGGCAACUUCCUGACGAAUUAUAACCCCUUUGCCUCGAUUGCGAGUUAUUAAGACAUGGCUGCCCAUGAAUCUGACGUUUGCAGCCAUGUAAGAGUUGUAGUCAGAGUCCGUCCUCCAAACGAAAAGGAGAAAGCGGCCAAUUUUACCAACGUUGUGCAAGUGGUUGAUAAGCACAUGCUGGUUUUUGACCCAAAAGUCGAAGAAGUGAAUUUUUUUCAUGGCAGGAGCACCACCAAUCGGGACAUGACCAAAAGGAAAAAUAAAGAUCUGAAGUUUGUGUUUGAUGGCGUUUUUGAUGAUAAUUCAACUCAGCAGGAGGUUUUCGAACAGACCACGCGGGUUGUGAUCGAUGGGGUGUUGAAUGGAUAUAACUGCACAGUUUUGGCUUAUGGAGCCACAGGGGCAGGCAAGACGCACACCAUGCUGGGCUCCUCAGGACAACCUGGGGUGAUGUAUCUCACCAUGAUGGACCUGUACAACCGAAUAGAGAGCUUGAAAGAGGAAAAGGUUUGCAACGUUGCUGUUUCUUACCUAGAGGUGUACAAUGAGCAAAUCCGUGACCUUCUUGCAAAUUCAGGUUCUCUUGCCGUACGAGAAGAUGCUCAGAAGGGAGUAGUAGUGCAAGGACUAACACUACAUCAGCCAAAGUCUGCUGAGAAUAUUCUCCAGAUCCUUGACUAUGGGAAUAAGAAUAGAACUCAGCAUCCCACUGACAUGAAUGCAACAUCCUCACGAUCACAUGCUGUAUUUCAGAUAUACUUAAGACAGCAGGAUAAAAGUGCCAGUAUUAAUCAAAAUGUCCGCAUUGCCAAAAUGAGCCUCAUUGAUCUGGCUGGCUCUGAACGGGCAAGUGCCACCAAUACUAAAGGUGAACGAUUACGAGAAGGCACAAACAUUAACCGCUCCUUGUUGGCUCUCGGAAAUGUGAUUAAUGCUCUAGCAGAUCCAAAGACAAAGAAGCAACAUAUACCUUACCGAAACAGUAAGCUUACACGGCUCCUAAAAGAUUCGCUGGGAGGAAACUGUCACACUAUCAUGAUCGCUGCUGUUAGCCCCUCUUCACUGUCAUACGAUGAUACCUACAAUACUCUGAAGUAUGCAAACCGAGCCAAGGAUAUCAAAUCUGCUGUGAAGAGUAAUGUGGUUAGCCUGGACAGUCACAUUAGCCAAUAUGCUAAGAUCUGCGAGCAGCAGAAGAAAGAGAUUGCCAUGCUGAAGGAGAAAUUGAUGACCUAUGAAGAGCAAGGGAUUCCAGAGCAAAGCAAGCAGAAUCAUGGGUCUACCACAAACCAGCAACAGGCAGAAAUCAAGAGGUGCCAAGAACUUCUCCAGUACAUUUUUACAAACCGAGAAGAAAUCCGGACCGAGUUCUGCAACCUGGAGAUGCGUCUGAAGCAAACAGAACUAAAGGCCAUUUACCAGAGGCAGUACCACGAGCAGAUUCAGAUGAUGUGCUCCCAUGAGCAGACGCUAAAGGCAACUCUGAAGAGGGAUCACAGACUGGAGGCUUUGAUGGCCAAACAGGCCAUUAUACAGAAGAGAAAACAAGAGGAGAUGAAACGUUUUGAGGAGAACACAAAUUGGCUCCAUCGUCUGGAAAAUGAAAUGAAAUUGCUGGGUCCGGACAAGCAGAUUCCAGUGGAGCUUUCCAAAGAUUUACAAUGCAGCCACUUAAAACUAGAAGUAAAAGAUUUGAAAGCUCAGAUUGAACACAUGAAUCUCCUCCUGUCUCUUCAAGAACGUGAAUAUAGAUACAGUGAAAAGUUGCUCAAUACUUUUCUACCUGCCUUCCGGAGGCAAUAUGAGAUGUUGCAACAGGCUGGAUUAGCGAAUGCCGUCAUAGAGUCUGAUUUCCAGGAACUCAAGCACCUGGUCCAGAGAGAGAAGGCCGUCGUAUGGGCCGACCAGACAAUUGUCGAAGUUCCGAACAAAGCUGAUGUACCAGAUAUUACAUCUAUUCUCUCCUUUCCUCAUCUGGCGUACACCCAGACAACGCCAUGCAGAGAGAAACAGGCUAAUAAAAAACAGCCCAUAUGCAGCGAAGCACCAAACGAAAUCGUGCCAGCUGCCAAGCCGUGCACUGGACAAGACAACGCCUCUUUGAUAGUCUUAAAGGAAAAUCUUCCUCCAAAGCCAAUAGAAGUUGUACUCCCUCGUAAGAGGACCAGAAGGAAACUGAUGGAUUCUCCAGAAGCUUCUGAGAAUGCUGGAGCCUCUAAGGCUGAAGAUUCGAUCAGCGAGGAGCUCAACCCCAUUGUUUACACCCCAGAAGCUUUUAAUAAAACCAUCACCAUUACCAAAGAGGUCGGGCAAAACCUGGAAAGUACCAGCAGCUUUAUGGCCCAUGACAAAGACGUCCAGAAGUUGGGUUUCACGUUUAACUUAAAGGCCGAAGGGGCUAUUAUGGACUCCACUGUUAUCCUCUCUGAGGCUAGCAGAAGUGUGAAACCAGAGGCUCAGCCGUCAACCAGCGUCCUGCAGAGAUUUGGGCUGCCAUCUUUAUUGGGCAAGAAUCUAGGAAAACUAAGUGAGAAGCCGUCCUACAUGGCAAUGACCUCAGCUGCAGAAAGAAAGAGAAAGUUAUUAAGUCUUGCAGCCGGCAGUGCCGUAAAAGAGGAGACUGUACCACUUCCUGUACCGAAACGUGUCAAGCAGGAGAUCCCCAUCGCCUGCAAAGCAAUGAGAGUGAAAAGGGCAGCAGGUUUAGAAAAGAACAAGGACAACAGUGCACAAAGACGUCUGCCGAGGAGUAUUUCGGAAGGAAGCCUAGCUGGCGCUAAGAGGAAACCUUUCUCAUUCCUUGGAUCAUCUCAGCAGCUUUUACAAGCCGCGAAGAGAAAAUAGCCUCCCGCAUCUGGAACGUAUUGUCUAGUUCAAUGACUAGAAAGCCUUGUCAUGUCUUAGAAAAAAAAAAUACAUUUUAUGUGUGCAGAAACACAGGGUGACUUACUUGUACGGGACAAAACCUAAUCGUGUCUUAAUGUGUUGCUCUUUUUUAAUAUUUUAAUAUAAUCCGUCCUUACACCAUGCAAAGUCCGUACAUGAGGAAGGCGCCAUCGGCGUUUGGUUGUAAGAGGUCUGCAUGGCUUUACUAGUUCUGAGAGUUUCUUGCAUUCCUGUGGAUGCCAUCUGUUUCCAUUAAUAUGCAUGGCCUGCGUGGAAUUCUAGUUUGGCUUUAGGAAGAAAAAUGGAGCCUUAAAGGAGUAAUCCGGCAGAACUGAUACUAUGUUUUACAUAGUGUAGGACCUGAGGGUUCACAGUAUGCAUGCUGCACCCCAUUAAUGGAGGGUUAUCCAGCCUUCUUAGAAUAGGCCAUCAGUAUUAAAUAGGUGGGAAUCCAACUCUUAGCACCUUUACCAAUCAGCCGUUUGAAGGGGCUGCAGCUCUAUACUAAUUUUAAAAGGCUGGAGAACCAUUUUUAUCCCAAUACUAUGCAUCUCACAGUAGAUUAGUUUUACAUGGAGUGUUCCUUUAAAGCAAGGAAAAUCAAACUGAAGGACUGCUGAUCGAGGAAGGUACAGUUAAAGGGAGCUUGUCAGUAGAAAAGUGUUAAACCAUGUGCAACGUCUGGUAGGGUGCCUCCUCAUAAUCCAGCAUUACCUGAUAUUCUGUAAUCCAGUGCUGCGUUGAUGAGAAGAUCAGUUUUUAAUCGGUAUGCUUAUGAGCUGUCAAGUGCAUUGGGGGCGGGCCGGAGCACCUCAGUGCACCCUCACACCAUUCCUUUUCUUUGCUAGCCCCUCCCUCUCAUGGAUGAUUCACAGGGCCAGUCUUCUGACACUUCAAUCUUAGGCCCGCGCCGUUUGUCACAACCCACGUGCACAGUAAAGUUCUUUUCAGCCAGGGCAGCGUGUUUUGCUGCGCAUAAUCCCAGUAUGAAAUGAAUGGAUCAGGAGUGAGAUGACAAUUUAGAAGCCUGGCCCUGACAAUCAUCAUUAAGAGGGAGGGGCAGGGAAAGAAACGGAGCUAAGGUACGCCAUGGGGCUGGGGACCGGACCUUGGCGCCCUUAACAACUAAUUUGCAUAUGGAUUAAAAGCUGAUUUUUCUCAUCAAUGGAGCGAGGGAUCAAAAUUUAAUAGGUACUAAUGACCUACAGUGAGAAAGACCUACCAGGCAUUGUGUCUGGUGUCACGCUCUAUUUCCUGCUGACUCCCUUUAACUUCACAUGAACUUUGUGUAUAUGAAUAAUAUUAUUUUGUGGACAGACAUGAUUGCAGUAUUAGAAUAUCUGAUCUUCUAAAGGUCUGUACAGUAAGUACUUAUAUCCUUUCAGAUCUUGCG